CAACCAACCAACGAGCAUUCAUUCAGAGCAGCCAUUUCCCAACUUCCACAAAUCUCUCACGCGCGUAAUUUCGUGGGAAAAAGGCAGCUUCGAACGUCGUUUGUGUUUUCCAAAGUGUGGAAAAUUGGUGCGUUUUAGUGUAAGGUAUCAUAUUUAGUGUAGGCGAGGUUGGUGUAACGCUUAAAAGUGUAGUUUUUGGUAAUAUUUCUGCGUCAAAGAGCAGCUGUUUAGAUACAUCAGUUGAUUGUGCUUAUUAUAUCGAAUGUAUAUUUAUUGGCUUGAUGACUAAAUUUAUAACCCAAUAUAUCGAAAAGCAACGCAAAAAAUAAAUCGUAUACAAAAACACACAUAAAAUAUUAAAUCGAAUAGCCCCAAAAAAUGAACGCCACCGCCGUCAGCUGGACUUUUGGAAAGUGGUGCUUAUUCGCCUUGGCCGCCGUCGCCUUGCUCGGAACGUCCGCCGAGGUCGCGGGCCAAGGUUUGGACAGUUUUCCGGCGCAACAGCAGCCACAUUCGCUCGCCAAACGAAUGGAUCUGGAAAUGUGUCUCGUUCGCUUCGACGUCCACUUAAAUACGAUUAUCCGCACCGAGGAGUCACGCGCGAUGGGGGCCACGUUUCUGGACGAUGCCGACGUAAACUCGCGCGAGCAGUGCCUCCGGUUGUGCUGCGAAACGGAAAAUUGCGACGUUUUUGUGUUUGAGGAGAAGAACCAGGGCACCUGCUUCCUAUUCAACUGCGGCCCGCCAUCCAACUUUUACUGCAAAUUUACGCACCACUCCAACUACACGAGCGCCGUACUGAAGAUUCCUACCGUGGUGGAACCACCGCCUCCCCAGCCCGUCCAACCGCUGGUGUCCCAGAUCCACUCGCUGGCACACCCCCAAUCGCAGGCAGCGCAGGCCCCAACCCCAGUUAUUGUGCCCAAACUUUCCCAGCACGAGAUGGAACUGGUCAAUCUGAAGGCACCGAAACCGCCCACCAGAACCAGUAGUGAUCAAACGACCACGACUUUGAUCCCACCGCUCGGCGUCCAGCUGGGUCAACUGCCGGCGACAACCACGAGCAGCACUCCGCGGCCGUCCACGCCGGCCCAGUGUGGCCACUACGAGUUCCCGUGCCACUCGGGCGAGUGCAUUGCCGUGUACAACGCUUGCGACGGAAUCCCGCAGUGCGCGGAUGGUAGCGACGAGGGUCCAGAAUGCCGACGACCUGCGGCUCAACCAGUGCCACAGGUGAAACCCAUCCAGCCGAUUCCGGUUCAGCAGCCUCAGCGACCGAUGCUGCCACCAUUGACCAUGGAGCAGAUGAACCCGGUGCCGAUGCCGAAACCAGUGUUCCAACAAGAUCUCCAGCAGCAAGAACUGAGAGGACUCCAGCAAAUCCACAACCGAGAAGAUCCGAUGACGGCACCCAAGCCGUGGCCGAGGCCGCUUGGAGAAAUGCCACCGUCAUACAUCGACACUCAGGACAGUCGCAUCUUUAACCACAAGGGAGGCCUCCAACUCCAGUCGAACAUAUCACCUCCGCAAUAUCCGGACAGCAUCCCAGACACCAGCUACAUCCCGAACAUCCCAAGAACCAAUCAGUACAUGCCCCUUCCAGGCAACUACCAAUCCGGACCACCCCAGCAACAGCAGUGGGAUCCUCGAAUGUCUCCGCCUCAAAGACCCAUGUGGCCACAGCAGCCUCAAAUGCCCCAAUCAAUUCCACAACCAAUCCCGCAAACCAACCAGCAACCCCAACCCCAACAACCUCUUCAACCCGUUGCAACUCCGGUAGUCACCAGCAAUGACCAUCCGAAACCCCCCAUCGAAACUCCCAAAGAAUCCGACCCUCACAAGCCCGCAAAAUCCUCCGAAGAGUACGAAACGUACGACGAUCAGUACCAGGACGGCAAAGCCACCUCCGGCGAAGAUCAAGAGGAAGCGGAAAAGCCGGAAGCAACGCAAAAGAAGAAGCAACACAAGCACCGCAAGCAUGGCGACCACGAACACGAGCACAAGAAGAAGAACAAGGCCAAGACGGCGAAAAAGGACAAGGCCCACGGGGAGGAGCACGCGGCGCCGCCGGUGCACGAGCAUUUGAAGAUGCUGCGGAACGAUCUGGAGAUUGAGUUUGCCGACCACGACGGGCAGGCGGAACGGCCGGGAGGUGCGGUGCUGUCGUUGACGUUGGGCGCCAUCCUCACCGCCGCGCUCGCCAUCAUGAUCGGCUGCCGGAUGAAGGUAGCCCGACGCCGGAUCCGCCGGCAGGGCGGCAAAUCGUCGUACGCUCACGACGCCGACUUCCUCGUGAACGGAAUGUAUCUCUAAACGCUUAUUUGUAGAGAGAGAGAGAGGCUAUCGAAUUUAUUUAGCGCAAUUUAGUUGACAAAUUGGAACAUUUUUAUCGUGUUUUUUUUUUUGCGUUUAGAAUAACAGACUGCACCUGGUUGUUUUUAGGGGAAAAGCAAAAGCUACACUGUCAUACGGAUUUGUUUUUGUUUAAAAUUGGUAUGCUUUUAGUUGAAAAUAAAAUAGGUACCCGAAAAGUG